AUGGGAAUCACUGAUAAACUUUGUCAAGCAUUGCAACAAAAAUCUCAAGACAUUUUGAAUGCUAUGCAUCCGGUUUCUAGUACAAAGUCAUUGAUUCAACAGUUAAGAGAUAGUAGUUGGGGAGCACUUUUGGAGAAAGUUAGUUCUUUCUGCAAUGAUCAUGCUAUUCAGAUACCUGAUAUGGGUGCUUCUUUUAGUGACAUAAUUCGGUCUCAUCGUAAAAAGGAUGUUGUCACUGUUGAACACCACUAUCAUGUUGACAUUUUUACUAGCGUGACAGGUUUUCAAUUGAAAGAGCUAAAUGGUAGAUUUAGUGAGCAAGCAACCGAGCUCCUCAUAUUGAGUACAUCUUUGGAUCCUAAAGAUGCUUUUAAGUUAUUCAGUAUUUGCAACAUAUGCAAUCUUGCAAAGAAUUUCUAUUCUUUAGAUUUUUCUGAGCAAGAAAAGAUUCAAUUGGAUUAUGAGUUACAACAUUAUGAACUUGAUGUGGUUAAAGCUUCAGAUUUUCAGGAUUUGUCUACUCUUGCUGAAUUAUGUCAAAAAUUGACAGAGACAGGAAAAUCAAAUAUAUAUCCUUUAAUUGAUAGAUUAAUUCGUCUUAUUUUGACUAUUCCUGUGACAACAGCAACAACUGAACGGGCCUUUUCAUCUAUGAAGAUUAUUAAAAUAAGGCUUCGAAACAAGAUGGAAGAUGAAUUUUUAGCAAAUUAUAUGAUUGUAUAUAUUGAAAAGGAAAUUGCUUCAAAAUUCACUUCAGAGAUGAUAAUUGAUGAUUUUAGUUCCAUGAAGCAUCGUCGAGCAAAUUUAAAAAUACCAAAUUCUUAA